GCCCUCCUUUCUCAAGAACACAGGCACUCUCUCUCUCUCUUGAGUGGGGAGGACUUCCGAGCUGCCAUCGUGUCCGGGGGGCAUCUUUCCUCAGGCCCCUCCCUCCACAGCAAACUUUCAUUGCGACCCCCCGUUUGUCUCUGCCGAAUGGUCUCGGAACGCGUCAUCCGCUUCAUCUGAUGCCCGAUCUAAUUCGUCCACCGCUGGAUUGUACCAUUUCCCGUUUGGAUCUGCCCAUCCAUGGCGUUGAUUACGCGCCUUUGGGCUCUACUCUGCGUAGGCCUUCUUUGCGAUCUUUGUUUCUGCCGUGAAUUAUACAGAGGUUCGGAGGUUGGUGGUGGUGGUCGUGUCGGCCUGCAUCUGAACCAGGGCGUCCUCGGCGGUCGUGGAUCGCCGAUGAUCUUGCCGCUGGUUCUGACGCCCGCCAACUUGUCGUGGCAAUUCAUCAGAGAAGAGCACCGCCGGAAGGCGCAGGCGACUGACUCGCAUCAGAUAUCGAAUGCCCACAUGAAGUUAUACGACGAUCUUCUCCUUAAUGGGUAUUACACGACUAGGCUGUUUAUUGGAACACCUCCUCAAGAAUUCGCACUUAUAGUCGACUCAGGCAGUACUGUUACUUACGUCCCUUGCGAUACUUGUGAACAGUGUGGAAAUCAUCAGGAUCCUAAGUUCCAAACCAGUCAAUCCAGUACCUACGAGCCAGUGAAGUGUAAUAUUGACUGUACUUGCGAUAAAGAUAAUGCGCAGUGCACUUAUGAAAGGCAAUAUGCAGAAAUGAGUUCCAGUAGUGGUGUACUAGGUAAAGACAUUGUGUCAUUUGGUAAUGAGAGUUCUCUUAAACCACAGCAUCUUGUUUUUGGCUGUGAGAACUCAGAAACUGGUGAUCUAUACAGUCAGCGUGCUGAUGGAAUUAUGGGGCUGGGACGAGGUCAACUUAGUAUCAUGGAUCAACUUGUGGAAGAGGGUGUAAUAAGUGAUUCGUUUUCUUUAUGUUAUGGAGGGAUGGAAGUUGGUGGGGGUGCAAUGGUUCUAGGUGGAAUUUCCCCUCCUCCUGGAAUGGUGUUUUCUCCAUCAGAUCCUGGUCGCAGUCCUUAUUACAAUAUUGAGCUGAGGGAAAUGCAUGUAGCUGGAAAGAAGUUGCAGUUAAAUCCAAGUAUAUUCAACGGCAAACAUGGUACGGUUCUGGAUAGUGGUACAACAUAUGCUUACCUACCAGAGGCAGCCUUUGUUGCAUUUCGAGAUGCUAUAUUCAAAAGCCUUCAGUCCCUCAAGCGAAUUCCGGGCCCAGAUCCUUCAUAUCAUGACAUUUGUUUUGCUGGAGCAGGAAGUGACAUCUCCCGACUCUCAGAGACAUUUCCCACAGUCGACAUGGUAUUCAGCAAUGGGCAAAAACUAUCUCUGUCUCCUGAAAACUAUUUAUUCAGGCAUUCCAAGGUGCAUGGUGCCUACUGUCUGGGAGUUUUUCAGAACGGGAGAGAUCCUACAACCCUUUUGGGAGGGAUUAUUGUGCGCAACACUCUAGUAACUUAUGAUCGUGCAAAUGAAAAGAUUGGAUUUUGGAAGACCAAUUGUUCAGAAUUGUGGGACAGACUUCAACUUAAUGAAGCACCUCCAUCAGCAGAACCGCCAGCUCCUGAGAAGAACUCAACCAUGCCGAGCUUACCGUCUAUGCCUCCUAGUCAACCACCAAUGUCUUCCGCUUCAGGUAGCACACAAAGAGUUGGAUUCAUAAGAUUUGUACUUCAUCUGACCAUAAAGCUUUCCGACCUCAUCCCUCACAUUCAUGAACUUGAAGAAAGCAUUGUACAUGAAUUAGAAGUGAACUCAUAUCAGGUCCGCAUAGUAAACUUUACAGGUGAUGUUAGUGGUUCAGUUGUUAGUUGCUCAGUAUAUCCAGAUGGUUCCACUGGUUACAUAUCAAAUGCGACUGUAGAGAGAAUACACACUCUAGUGGCUGAACAUCGUAUGAACCUUCCUAGUACAUUUGGGAGCUACAGGUUGCUAGGUUGGGAAAUUGAUCAGCCUUCUGAAAGGACGUGGCUGCAACGGCACAUGUUGGUUGUGAUCGCGGCAACUAUGCUAGUUGUUAUGCUGAUUUCUUCAGCUUUUAUUGGAUGGUAUGUUUGGAGGCGACAUUCACAAGCGGCACUGGGGGCCUACAAACCCGUGGAUGCUGUGGUUCCCGAGCAAGAGCUUCAACCCUUAUGAGGAAGUUCAGGUACAACGUACACUUCUUCCCAAAAGCCAUUCUUCUCCUAACACUACUAGGGUGUAAAAAUUGGAGGUUUUGGAGAUUGAGAGGAAAUUGAACAGAACUUCUAUAAUCAAAAAAGGUUUAUCAUUUGAUAGGGUUUCAGCAUCAGUAUUUGUAAAAACUCUGACUAGUAUCAAAAUUAUGAUAAAUGCAAUUUUUUUGGGGGUUAUAUCACAA